AAGUGUUUAAUCAUUAUGAAGUGAUUCAGUAAUCAGGUUAAAAUUCAUUUUACGUAAAUAAAUCUUACAAACGUAACGUGUUUUGGAGUUAUUUUUUGUCUGAUUUAACGCACUGAGUAACGGUAUGUAAAUAAUAAUAAGUGGGUGUUGUCUAUAAAAAGUAUUAUGUUUUAAAAACGAACUUAUUGACUUGGAUAUUUAUUUCUGUGCUUGGAAACACACAGGCAAAACGUUUGUAUGUUUGCACAUCAUUUUCGAUAAAAUAAGUGAAAACCAACGCCUUUAUCUUGCAAAUGAUAUGAACUAUUUAUGAACAAUGCUACAUCUUGUAAUGUUAUGGACUAUAUGUAUUCUUCCUGUAGUGUUUGGAAAACCUGUUACUCUGGAUCCUACUGCUCUCAAAAAAGAUGUGGAUACAAUCCUAAGUGACAUCGAAAUCAAGAAACCUAAUGUAAAAGGAAUAUUAUCUAACCAUAAUUUAGAUGGUAACAUCGAGGGUACAUUUCAGCUAAGUAACAUGUUUCAUCCAGAAGACAUGAGGGAAAAAUUACGCCUAUCAUCGACAUCAUCACCGGUGAAAGCGCCAGCAACGACAUCGUCAACAAGUCUAUCGCCAUCCUCCUCCUCAUCAGCAUCAUCAGUAGUCUCUUCAUCAAAAAGGAUAACAUCGGAACCUUUAACAGUUCAAACUACUGUAACUCAGAGAACAACUGCGAUACCCUCCGAUCAAGCAAAAUCACAACCGUAUUCUGAAUUAGUACAUACAGGAUUAUCUAGACCAACAACAAAACCAUCCUUAACCUCGACACAAACAAGGCAACCGCAAUAUUUAUUAACAACACCAUUUGUAGAAAAACCAGUGACAAACUUAAGAGUUAAUAAAUUGUUGAAAACUAGAGAGAAAACAACAGACUUUGUAACAACAACAAAAGCAACAACAACAACAACAGGGCAAACGGCGACUAGAGGUGUACAUGUCUCUGUUUUUCGAAAGAAAAAAGCAGUGAGCUCUGAAACAGAGAAAACAACACUUACAACAUUACUAGCAGCGUCUUCUACACCGACCACAAAAGCGGCAUCUUCUACCAGUUCUAAAACUACAAGUAAAACAGCACUCGAGAAGUCCAUAGAGUCUAAGUGUAAACAGCUAGAAAAAAUGAAAAUCCUAUUACCCAAGGCAUGCAUGAAAUAUAAAGGAAUAGGUGGUAUAUGGAAUUAAAUUCUGCAUUGCCAGAAGACCAAAAGAAACAAACUAAAGUACAUGUUUGGCAAUAAAUAAAAAAGAAAAACAUGCAUACACGAACAAAUAUAUGUACAUGUAUAUGGAUAUAUGCAAUGACUUUUUUCUUAUUGUGAUCCUUUAAUAUUUUUAAAAAAGCUAGUAAAACGAAAAGACAAAACUGUUACUGAAUUGCUAUGCAGUAUAGAUACAUGCUCUUAAAUGGCAGAGCAAGCAUGAUCUUCUCUGAACUAUGACUUUGCUAACAGCUAUUAAAAAGACAAAAGAACUCAACAUUUUAUUACUAUAUGGUCACCGGCUCUAGUACAGAUAAUCCAUACAGAACGUAAAAUUCGAACCCAAAAUUUUAUAACACGUUUAGAUGAAUAAAUAUGUAAUGGGAACGUGCCAUCAUCACCAUAUAGAUAUAUUACGCGUAUGCAGUGGAGCAAACAUACAACGCUUACAUGCAUAAGUGGAUACACUUUCAGUGCUUUCCUUUUUUGUAAGCCCCAUUAUUUUGAACCAUACAAUAAAAUUGGUGCAUGUUUUAUGUCAAAAAUCGUAAAAUAAGUUUUAUUAGUUACUGGAACAGAGCCGGAGAGAGAGUAGACACUACUCGCACCCUAGGUGGCUCCAAUUACAUGGUAAUUGAAGUGAUGGCCAGUUUACCAGCUUGCAGUUAAUAAAAAGCAAUAAAUCACAUGUAGCAGUGUUGAUAAGCCUUGAUGCAGGAAUUAAUGAAUAACAUACAUAAAAUGAUAGUGUUCUGUUUAUAGUGCAUGCAUGUGCAUUUAACUGCAUGUCUUUUAAAUUUGCCCAUUUUUUUUUCAGGAAACUUGAUAUAUGGAUAUAAGACAAAAUUAAUCAACAUCAAUUUUGUGCAAAAAUAGUUAAAAACUAUGCCAAUAAAAUGGGUCUUAUUAUUAGAAUAUAAUUCAAAGCACAGAAUAUAUUGCAUCACAAAAUUUUCUAAUUAGAAGACAAUAUUGAAAAUUUCUAUGUUAUUUAAUUUUCUAGCUGUGUAUGACUGUCUGCCUGUCUAUAAGCCAAUAAGGUAGAUCUUGCUGUGACUUCAUAAAUCUGUUUUUACAUAUUAAAACCUGUUUUAUAAGAAGAUGGCAGUCUGAAGAAUAUGCUUAUCAUUAUAAUACAUGUCUGUCUGUCUUUCUGUCUGUCACUAAAGAUGGAAUAUGCAAUAACAUGUCCUUGAAAUGGAAAAUUAUCCUGUGAUGACAAGCAAGAGCUAAAAGAACCAUUUUCAGAUUGGACCAGAUGUUGUUUAUUAUGCAUGCCAAUGUACCAUGUACAGGUCUUUAAUAAAAUUCUAUUCUGUUC